AUGAGUGCUACCGAACUGGCUGGCCUGGAAAGCGAAGUUAAAGAAUAUAAACUACAACUUGAGACGGUCCAGCUGGGUCUACAAAAUGACCCUGACAACAGCGAACUACAGAGUCUCAGAGCAGAACUUGAAGAAGUUAUUUCCCUCACCGAAGCUGCCAUUGCAGAACUAAAGCCUGCGUCAGUAGCAGCAUCGACCGCCACCCCGCCCACAUCGUCCGGGAAAGAGAAAUGGUCCAAAGAGAACCAUCCCGCCUACCAAGCAGGUUAUCGGAAACCUGAUUUCGAGACAGAAGAAGCCCAUGCGCCAGCAACAUUCUCAGUCAACGACACCGUCUCCGCCAGAUGGAAGUCCGGGGACGGCGGGUUUUAUACCGCACGAAUCACUUCGAUAACAGGGUCAUCCAGUGAUCCAGUCUACAUUGUCACCUUCAAGAAUUAUGGAAACUCGGAGACUUUGAAGGCUAAAGACAUCAAGCCUCUAUCAAGCGACACCAAGAAGCGCAAGGCCGAUGGCAUGUCUGGCUCUUCCACGCCCGUCCCAGCUCCCUCAAAUCCUAGUGUCAUUUCUGCUGCAGCCAGUGUAGAUCCUACGUUGGCACAGCAAGCCCGACGUGAACCGAGCAAAGUCAAUGACGGCCCAGUUCGACCUGCCAAGAUCCCUCGGAAAGUGAAGGCGAACAAAGAGCUAGAAGCGGGCAAGGCCAAGUGGCAAGAUUUCGCUUCCAAGUCAAAGGCUGCCAAGAUGACCAAGAAGGAGAGUAUGUUCAGAACUGGGGAGAGCGUCAAGGCGAGAGUUGGCUUUACCGGGAGUGGUCAUGAAAUGCGCAAGGAUCCUUCUAGGACACGGCAUAUUUACCAGCAAGGUAGCCAGGACGAGUGA